AAACACUUGCAAAAUAUUUUGAAAAUCAAAAAGUUCACAACUUUUUAUAAAUACUUAAAAUUUUUUCUUGAUAACAAAGGAGCAAGGCAGUAUUGAUUCAAAAUUUAAAAAAAAGAAAACGUAAAAAAGCUUCAUUUAAAGUCUACCAAAGAUGCAAGAACAAAAAUCUUCUACUCCGAUCAACCAUUUAAACAAUUUUACCACGAAAUUAUGUGAAAAACUUCUCACAUUCAGUGAGAAUGGACAAUUUUCAGAUAUUUGCAUCAUUUCUUCCGAUGGUAUAAAAUUCAAUUCACACAAAUGUGUCCUGUCAGCAGCAAGUGAUUAUUUCAUGGCAAUGUUUGGAGGUAGCCUAAAGGAAUCCUCAUCGACUGAAGUUAAAAUUCACGAGAUAAAUGGAAAAGUCUUGCAACUUGUACUAACAUUUUUGUACACCGGGCAAAUUCAACUUCAAAGUGACACGAUGAAGGAGAUUUUGAGAGCUGCAACAUUUUUGCAAAUUCAACCACUUAUCACCGAGUGUUAUAAUUCAAUGGCGGAAAAUUUAAACGCCAAAAAUUGUUUGGAAAUAGCAUUGUUUGCUGAUCAACACGAAUUGCUUGAACUCUACAAGAGAGCCUUAAAAUUUGCGAGUUUGAAUUUCGAAAAAAUUUGCAAGGAAAAUGACAUUCUUCAGCUCGAUGAACAUCAAUUGGCAGAAAUUAUUUCAAGUGAAGAGCUUUGUGUAAGCUCGGAGGAGGUUGUUUAUUUGAAUCUGAUCAAAUGGAUGGAGCACGACAAAUUGAAUCGGGAACAAAGUGCCAUCAAAUUGUUGUCCAAAAUUCGUUACUGGCUUUUAAGUCCGAAUUUUAUCAAAGAACAUAGAUCCAAACUGCCUAAGCAAAUGGAAUGUGUUGAAAUGGUCUGCUCUUGGCUUGAAUGGCAUUUACUACCCGAGUGGCAAAGAAGCAAACCAAUGGCGUUCUCAAAACUUAUCAAACCUAGCCUUCUAUUUGUGGGAGGUGGAAAAAUACAAACGUAUGAUGACAAACUUAACAUUUGGACAAUCGAGUCAUUUCCAAAUCUACCAACUUCUUUUAUGAAUGUUGUAGCGGUCAAAAAUAAGCUUAUUUUUGGAGCUGUUGGAAAACCUAUAUUAUGCUUUGAUCUCCAGACUCAUGAAGUCACAAACUUACCUAGCAGGAAUGUAAAAAGUGAAUUUAACGGCAUGAUAAAUGGCAGAACGUGACUCCAAUGAAUACAGUGUUUGUAAAUCCCAAAGCUGCUGCUGUAAAUGGAAACUUGUAUGUAAUGAGUUCUGAAUCUAAGACCAUAGAUAUCUUUAAUCAUAACACGAAUGAUUGGAUAUCAAAGUAUAUUCACGAUACUCCACCAUUAUUGUUUGGAUUAACAGAAUUUGAUGGAAAACUUUACAAACUUGGCGGUAUAAUAAUAAUAAGUACAAAGCACUAUUAUUGUGAAGAUGUUGAAAUAUACGAUAA